AUUUGAUCAAUAAAUCCGCGGUCACACUGAAGUACCACCAAUAAAAUCUAUAUAAUUCUUUUUCUCGCUUUUCUCUCGCAUUACCGCAAAGUUGCUAUCAAAUGGUUGGGAAGCGCCAAGCCACAUCAAAUCUUAACCAUGAUAACUGGGACCAGGAGGAGGAGCCUGAGGAUCGUGGCAUUUUCAAGACCGCAACACAGGAGGAGCUGAAAACACGCGUUAUCAAGAAGGCGCGCCGCUCCAUUGCUAGUGCCGGCGCGGAUGGCGACGGCGGCGGCAGCGACACUUCGAAAAGUAUUUUCAGUGGAUUUUCAGGUUUUGGCAAGCCGGCUAACGCAUUGGCUGCAGGCUCGCCGUUUGCAUACCUAUCGAAUCCGCCGCCGGCUUCUACUAGUGGCGAAGCGUCAAAGGCCACAUUUUCGUUUUUGUCCAGUUCCAGCAAAAUCAAUACAAAGCCAGAUGGCGAGACGGUGACAGCACCUUUGCAGUCCCUUGGCAGCAGCUCAGCGGCAAGUACCAGCGGUGGAGCGGGAUCCACAUCAAUUUUCGGCAACGUGUAUGCUGCUAAAAAAGAUUCCACACCUGCGUCGGCCAGCAGCACUACUACGCCAUUUUUUGGCAGCGUAGGCAAAAAGGAUGCCGCCAUUCCUUCGUUCUCCUUCGGAAGCACAACAAUGCCUGUAAAGCAAUCAACAGCUGCACCAAUCACUUCUAUUUUCGGCAACGCGUCAGCCGCUAAAAAAGACAACGCCAAACCCUCGUCGUCCCUUGGAGACGUAGCCACUGCAGCAGCGGCAAGUACCACUCCUUCCACUUCAAUUUUCGGAAACGUGUCUACUGCUAAAAAAGAAGCCAACAUACCCUCGGUCUCGUCUGGGGCUAAAAAGACUGCAGUAAAGGUGUGCACCAGUACCACAGAUGGUACCACGCCAAGCAACUCAAUUUUCGGCAAGAGUUUGGCUGCCAAAAAAGAGAGCAGUGCGGUAACCGUGCCAGCCAGUGCCAAGCCAAGUAAUAAGCCAUCGCCCAGCAAGACAGCAGCCCCCAGCACGGGUUCCUCUGAGUACCGAGAGAACGUGGCCGACUUGAACCGUGCACUGCUGAAGUUUCUGAAGAAAUGCCUGGACAAGAGUCCCUACUGCGUACUGACUCCAGUACUUCAAAAUUAUGACGAGCAUCUAAAGGAACUGCAGGACGAGGAAACGAAGGCAAACUCGUCAAUGAAGACUCCAGCAAGAUCGACUCCGCCGAAGAUGCCGACCAUCCCAGCGGCAACACCAGUCGCCGAUACAGUUCCGUUUUCGUUUGGCAAGCCUGCCACUCCCAACACUGGCUCGACGUCGCCAUUCUUGGCCAAGAAGCCGACUACCAGCACGAUUACCAGCGGCAGCACAACCACCACCACAACCACACCUCUGUUCUCCUUUGGUAGCACUCCAGCUGGGUCCCCCAACGCAGCAGCAGCUUCUGCGUCGUCUACGAAAACACCUACCUCCACCCCGGCUAUGAUGCGCUUCUCGCCAAAGCCUUUGGGAGAGAGCAAAGCUGAGGAUGCAUCCAAGCCAGGCUUCUUUGGCCUUGGGGCUAAAGAUAAUUCCAGCAGCAAGGCCGAAACAGCCGCCGUGCCACUGAAAACAAAUGGCUUUAGCUUUGGAUUUAAGAGUGGCAGCGAUGACAAACCUGGCGGUAGCUCAUCGCUAUUUGUGGGAUUCGGCAGUGCAGCUGGAGCGGCUGGAGGAGAUGCCAAGCCUUCAACUAGCUUCUCGUUCACCCCUGGAGCCACACCCUUCUCCUUUGGCAAUAUAAAGCCGCCGACAGCAGCUGCAGAGACCGCUUGCAAUACAGAAGACCAGGAUGAAGAAGACCAGCCACCGAAGGUUGAGUUCAAACAGGUUGUCGAAGAGGAUUCUGUAUACUCCAAGCGCUGCAAAGUGUUUGUUAAGAAGGGCAAGGAUUAUGCCGAUCGUGGGGUGGGCAUGCUGCAUUUGAAGCCCGUGAAGGACUCGGCGAAGGCGCAGCUAAUUGUUCGUGCCGAUAACAAUAUUGGUCAGGUUCUGAUCAAUCUUAUAGUCGUCAAUGGCCUUCCCUGCCAACGCAUGGGCAAAAAUAAUGUGAUGCUUAUGAGCUUGCCCAUGCCGGAGGACACCAAAGUGGCGUCGAUUCUACUGCGCGUGAAGACCGGCGAAGAGGCCGACGAGUUACUGGCGAAGAUUCAAGAGUACACCAAGUGAAGGACCCCGACCGCAUUUUCAAUAAAUCUUACAUUUGCAUGUUAUUUGAUUGUUUAUAUAAUUUACAAAGCUAUGAAAAUAGAACACCAGAAUGUA